UUGUUACUUUUUAACGAACAGUUGUGUUCACAUACACGUAGUAAAGCUUCAGUGUCGUGAAAUGUUCAUAUGUGGACGACACAUCGAAAAAAGCAAAGUUCAAGAAGUGAAUAUUUGAUACUGCCUUGCUGGAUGGAAGGUGUGGAGGACCUUGAGACGCAACCCUCGCCUAAACAUGGAGAGAAGAACAGUAGUUUGGCUGAGGUUGUGAGAUCUCCCAGACGGAAGGAGAGGCAGGGAAAGUCGCCUAGGAGACGUCGUGAGGUGAAGAGGUCGCAAAGGCGGCUAGAUGAUCAAGAACCGCUUCCCUGCGGGAGGGAGCGACGGCGGUUACUGGGGCAACCAGAGCACAGGGAACCUUCAGCUUCUAUGGCUGAGACAUCUGAUACCUCUCCAAAGACAUGGGAUAGGUGCAGACGGUCCCACUUUCUCCAUGGACCAUACCCAGCUACUCACUUUGGACCCAAAGCUUGUAUUCUUCCCAAUCCCACCUCUGUCAUGCACAUCCAGGAUCCGGCUAGCCAGCGUCUCACCUGGAACAAGUCUCCAGUCAAUGUUCUGGUCGUAAGGAAGGUUCGUGACCAGAGCUUGCUGGAACCCUUUAAAGAGCUCUGCAAGUUCCUGAUAGAGGAGAAAAAGUUGGUGGUCUACGUCGAGAAGAAAGUGGUGGAUGAUGCCACCUUGUCACAGGAUGAGACUUUUUCAGCCAUCGGUAACAAGCUGUGUACAUUCAGAGAAGGAUACGAUGACAUAUCCAACUGCAUAGACCUGAUCAUUUGUCUGGGAGGCGAUGGGACUUUGCUAUAUGCGUCCUCUUUGUUCCAGGGCAGUGUGCCCCCUGUCAUGGCGUUCCACCUGGGCUCUCUGGGCUUCCUCAUGCCGUUCAAGUUUGAAACGUACAAAACUGAGGUGGCCAAAGUGUUUGAAGGUAAUGCUGCCAUCACUCUGCGCAGCCGCCUGAAAGUAAAGGUGGUAAAGGAUGCACUUCAGAGGACAGGGCGGUCUUAUGGUGAUGAGGAGAAUGGCACAGUGGCCCAAGCAGAGACUGAUGGCGAUGCAGGCAAGGUCACGUUGCAGCUGCAGGUCCUGAAUGAGGUGGUGGUAGACAGAGGUCCCUCGUCGUACCUGUCCAACGUAGACCUGUACCUGGACGGCAGGCUGAUCACCUCGGUGCAGGGGGAUGAGAGCCGAUCCUGCCACUCUUGUCUGGCAGGUGUGAUAGUGUCCACACCCACGGGCAGCACGGCCUAUGCUGCAGCAGCCGGGGCGUCCAUGAUCCACCCCAACGUACCUGCCAUCAUGAUCACACCCAUCUGCCCUCACUCGCUCUCCUUCCGCCCCAUUGUGGUGCCUGCUGGUGUGGAACUCAUGAUAACAUUGUCCCCCGAUGCCCGGAAUACAGCCUGGGUGUCCUUCGAUGGGAGGAAACGACAGGAGAUUCAGCAUGGAGAUAGCAUUAAAAUCACCACAUCGUGUUACCCAGUCCCCUCCAUCUGUUGCCAUGACCUGGUGUACGACUGGUUUGAGAGCCUGGCAGAGUGUCUGCACUGGAACGUGCGCAAGAAGCAGACACAGCUGACAGACAUCACUGACGAUUCUGACACCGAGACCUGAAUCACGCUCAAACCCUCAUCCACAUCCCUGUUUACCACCAGUGUGGACACCUGUGUAGAUCAGUUGGAAGGGGCACAUGUGCCUAAUUCAUACGUGGAGGCUUAUUGUCGCACGGUGGUUUCAGUUCCCGGAUGGUGGAGAGACCCAGAAUUACUCUGGGCCACUAUUUUUCCCUGACUGGAAUUCCACACCCUUUGGCUAUAUUUUUUUGAUAAUUCUCCUGCUGCAUGUGUAUCCAUGUUCAGCCUCCUCGUAUAGCGAGAAAGAUAUAGCAAGAAGCCCAUGCUAAGCCAAACCAUAGUAAAGCAGGAAAGCAAUAGUCUCUGGUGUUGAAUAAACCUGUGUGCACCUAUGUCAUUUUCCAGUUUGUCAUCUGCAGUUACAACGUUGACAAAUAUUGUACGUCCGAUGAACACAAACAGUAUACUACAGUAUACUUUUAUCUUCCAUGAAGUACCUACUUUUUGCCAAAUUAAGUUAACCACAGUCUACUGCAAUUUUCAUUACAACAUAACUGUAAAAGUGGUCACGGAUCCUGUCAUUGUGAAAUACGUUGUUAAAGAUGUAUUAACUACUCCUUACGUGUCUUUAAAACAGCCCCCCUCGUUAUGUAAAAUUUGAUAGUAAAUGAAAAGCAAACCUUAUGUUGGUUAUAUAUCUUAGAGAACCAUUUCCAUUAAUUUAAUUAAGCAGAUUUGUACUACAUAAGUUGGGCUUGAAAAAAUUAACAUUCGCAAAUAAACCUAAAGAGCAUACAGGAAAAUUUAUAGGUAAAUAUAGCAAGCUACUUUAAAUUUAUACAUGCAUCCAGCAGCUGGGAUCAACCAGAACAAGUAAAAAAAAUUCUUGCUUUACAUUUAUUGAAAUGAAAAGGUACAGAUAUACUUCAAAGAUAGACAAUUAUUUAAAUUAUAUUCCAGUAAUGUCAAAAGACCAUCCUCAAUUUUAUAUCAAUCCAAAUAUGGACAACUAAAUAGUUGAAGAAGACUGGACUGGAAGAUGUUAUAGGGAUAAUCCUUUUCAGACAGGUGAAUAAGCAGCUAUAACAAUAUACUGUGCAACACUCAAAUACAAUUUGAGAUUAAAACUAAUUUUGCCAAUAUCUACAAUACAGCUACUGGCACACCGGCAACUCUUCCUUUCAGAAAGACUAACAGUAACCAGGAGACACAGAAAUGCAUUGAUCUGCUUGAAAAUGAACAGACAGACAAGCGAUACUAUAUUCCAGACAGAAAACGGCACUACUUUGUGUUGUCGUAACGAAAAGAGGGCACGGCCAUUGGUCCAUACUCAGUGGCUUUUUUGGAAUCGAGAUGCAAUGUUACAAGCCAGAGGCCUUCUAGUUUAUAGCUGUCACUGUAUUCUUGUGAAAAAUAAACUUGUAAGAAA